AUGAAAACAAAUAUAUCAAUUUUCUUCAUAUCUUCAUUAUUGUUAACUAUUACUUUAUUCAACCUCGUUGGUGCUGUACGAGAAGUUCCUAUAAGUGUUAGUAGAAACACUACAAGUGGAAAACAUACUUCAGGAUCAUCAGGCAAUUGGACCACUGGAUCAUCUGGUAAUUGGACAACAUCAGGUAAUUGGACCACUGGAUCAUCUGGUAAUUGGACUACAUCAGGUAAUUGGACCACAGGAUCAUCUGGUAAUUCGACUACAUCAGGAUCAUCGGGAUGGAUUUCCACAUCAGGAACAUCUGGUAAUUGGACCACUGGACCAUCAGGUAAUUGGACUACUUCAGGAUCAUCGGGAUCAUCAGGUAAUUGGACAACUGGAUCAUCUGGUAAUUGGACAACUGGAUCAUCAGGUAAUUGGACCACAGGAUCAUCUGGUAAUUGGACUACAUCAGGAUCAUCGGGAUCAUCAGGUAAUUGGACCACUGGAUCAUCAGGUAAUUGGACUACUUCAGGAUCAUCGGGAUCAUCAGGUAAUUGGACCACUGGAUCAGGUAAUUGGACCACAUCAGGAUCAUCAGGAUCAUCAGGUAAUUGGACCUCAUCAACUACAGGACCUUUCCCAUCUGGAUAUACUUUCAAGACAUUGACAACUACAACAAAUAAUGAUUAUCAAACAAUUACCAAUACAAUAACUGUUAGAGAGUCAUCACUCAACACAGUUGUUAUCAACACUACCACAAUCUCUACUGAUUACUCGACCACUACAGUAACAGAGACCACCACAUGGAGAUACCAUGGUCUCUCGAAUGUCAUUACUACAGUAACCUAUACAGUUGGUACCACAACUACCACCGAGACCUCUAGCCAACAAAAAUAUCUUAGAAUGAUUAUAGGUAGAGAUUCUAUUGAAUUGGUAGAGUAUGAAACUGAUUUGUUAUCUUCGAACGAUUCUGAUAGACUUCAAAGUAACUCGAUCAAGAUGAUCAUUAUGGCUUUAAUAGCAAUGUUAAUGUUAGUAUUUUAA